AGUCGGGAUUAAAAGGCUGUGUUUUCCGUGAGCUGUGGUGACGCAGACACGCCAGACAAGGCCUCGGUUACGACCACUGCAGUGGAGGGGAAGGGGAAGGUGAAUGAGGCAACAGCGACCUCCUUGGGCAAUGGGACCGGAUGCUUCCGCUGCGCAAUGGUGGCUCACACAAAAGGAGGGGAAGGGCUUUAUGGCGAUAUUUAGAUCCGCCAGACAGGCUGUUAUCUGCAGAGGCAAAAGCAGUGAAUAGCCCCUGCGGUAAACUGCGGGGUGAAAAAAACACCCUGAUUGCGGUUUACAGCCUGAGAGCCUUUGGGACUGUUGCGUCUUUUUCCUGCUCCGAAGGUGUUUGUCUAUUCUUAUUUGUCUGCUUGAAGUUUUAGUGCGCAAACAGAGACACAAGGGGUCUUCUCCGACCCUCCUAAGCUUGUUUGAUGUCUUCUGGACAAAUAAAAACCACAAGUCAGAUUAAAGUCAAUGUAUUUCGUCCUUCUUUUGUUCACUCCACGGAUGUCAUGGUAGCUGCAGUGUGCAGAUUCUGUGUUUCUUCCCAUGUGGCCUUGCAUGGGUGUUGGCCAGGCUCCAUUUUAAAUGCUGGUAAUAAAUAAUAAAACACCAGCGCAAACAAAGUUACUCCUUUUACCGAAUUCUGCUUUGGAAUUAAUACAUUCACGCAUCCACGAGCCUUACAUAAUAUUCCUUUUUUGACCAAACUUUCUGCAAACCCGGCUUCGUGCAAAACCACGCCGUAAAAAUGUAAAAUUCAAAUGAAUUUUUCAGACUAAUUCGGAAAUUAAAUGAUUUUCAGAAAACGUGCGUUUUUUUGAACGGACACUAAACUUUACGCUUAUUUUUAGCACCGUUUUGCGUAACUUUACACCGAAUGCGGCUGUUGGCAGACUUUAAAGUGCAUUUGUUAAUGGCCGUGAGGAUACCAGCGUGGACGCCUGUGCAUGUGAUAACUGUGGUGCAAACAAUAAACGCGUUCAGACGAAUCACUGCAUACUCUGUUCAUGUGUUAUUUGAAUUUAAAAGACAAAAAAAAAUAUGGUUUCUAUUCAUUUUCAUCUUUUCCUACAAUUAUUAAAUUUCUAACUAAUUUGUGCUAAAAUACAUGUCAACUCAUGAAUAUUUUUCAUUAUCUUAUGGCCCUUUUAAACAUUUUUUUUAGGGAAAAACUCAAAAACUAAACCCUGCGAGUGUUUAUGAGCUAUAAAAGUUUACUGCACUACUUUCAUAUAUAUUUUUUAAAAGUAGAUCAUUUUAAACUGUUUUAUAUACGCAUGUAAAAUGUAAAUAGAUUAAAAUUUGAAUUUAAUUGCAACUAUUAGUAUUCUUUUUUUUAGCUUAUGUGGUGUUGGAAAAAAUGAGUUUAGAAAACGCGCGUUUUACGCAGUAAAAAUAAAGCAACGACUCAAUUGCAUUAAAAUGUUUUUCAGAUUAUUUUGAAACGUUUGUCGUGAAACUUUAAAUUGAGCAAAAAAUUGAUCUUAUUUUUAUUACGUUUACCCAAUUUAUAACCCGCGUUUGUUGAAGAGGAGGGGAAUUUACGCACAGUGUAGAUGUGUGACGCAAAACCAACAUAAGCACAAAAACAAUUUGUGUUUUUUCUUUUAUAAUCCUCAGUUUAAUCCUGCCUCCAUAACCCGCUGCUGCUUAAAAAAAUCUGUUUUGGCGCGCUGUAAUAUCAGGGUGCUUAGGCUUCCUAUAAAGCAUCUCGUAAAAUGAGGCUUCCGAAUGCGUCGUUUUGGAUAACCAACGGGAUUGUAAAUGGAAAUAACACCGUAAAAGUUUUACUUUCUGGUCGAACAUCACCCCCUCCCCCGUAAUACAAUUAGCAGAUUUUGUUUCUUAAAUAUUGAUAAUUCUUAAAAGUCGAGGUUGUAACAGCACUGAGGGUGAGUAUUUAAUGACUACAGGGAUUGAUUUAUUCUUUAUUGUUCAGCCUUAUGAUCACGUGACUCCGCUGCCCAAUGGCAGGGGCGCCUGUCUCCCCAUUACUUUCCCACUGUAGUUCUGUGUGGGGCCAAGUUGCUACUUGAUUUCUCCACAUUGUUAUUUUGUGAGGCUGGGUUUACUGCGUGUGUAUAUGUAUGUGUGUAGUGUGUGUUGCCCUUUUGCUCGUAUCUGUUGUAUGACUGUGUCCAUGUGAAAGUCAUUUUUCUGCCAUGUCGACAUCCGGAACGCUGACCAGCUACUACGUGGAUUCCCUCAUUCUGCCCGAGAGCGAGGAGCUCUCUGUCCCGAGGUACCCCUCCGCUCCCGGGCUGCAGCACGCCAGACAGCCCGCCUCCAUCGGCGACCCGGGCGAACUUGGGACUUGCACGUUCCCGUCCAAACCCCAGGUGUUUGGGCCGACAUGGAACCACGUCCCCGCGCAGUUCCCAGGCACAGUCUCCUCUGUUUAUCAUCACCACUACGGGCAUCCUCAGGGCCCGGUGGCUGCAGAGACAGAUGGCCGCUAUCAGUCGUGGGUGCUGGAGCCCAUGUCCGCUUCGUUGCCUUUGACCGGAUUACCGACGAGCCAACAUUUCGGGAUCAAACCAGAGGGUCUGGGGACGCGAGGGGACGGCGCGCUGCCCGGGUCUCACACUUCACUGCUGCUCUCCGAUUACGCAAACGGCACGGUGGCGACAGCAUCACCGGCGGAGAAGGACGAGCUGAGCGCGCAGGCGGACGCGAGCGCAGAGGGCGAGGAGAAACCGGGCCUCGACCCAAAUAACCCGGUUUCCAACUGGCUCCACGCGAGUGCCACCAGAAAAAAGCGCUGCCCGUACACCAAGCACCAGAUCCUGGAGCUGGAGAAAGAGUUCCUCUUUAACACCUACCUGACCAGGGACCGAAGGUACGAGGUGGCGAGGCUGCUCAACCUCACCGAGAGACAGGUUAAAAUCUGGUUCCAGAACCGCAGGAUGAAGAUGAAGAAGUUCAACAAAGACGGCGCGCCGAAAGACGAAUAAGAAAAGCGCAAAAGAGCAGUAUUGAGGUUGACACGCCGGCCUCUGUGCCCAAAGGACCUUGUUUUUAACUCCUUUGUCUCAUUGUUCUAUAUUACAGGAUUAUGUGAAUAAGAUAAAAAAGCAUGUUGAGCUAUAGUUUUAUGCGACUACCUUCAUAUUGCACAAAUCUGACAGUGCCAUCUCGAUUUGAUUCAUUUGCUCAUUCUCUUUUCAGUGUAUAGUUUGCCUGUGCUCGUCCGUGUAUGGAUGUUCGUAGCUGUGUGUGUUUUGUUUGUAGUCAUAUUUGUUGUUUGCUGACCGCAUAGUUUCCCCAAGUGUAUUAGUUUCAGAUCAAAUCCAGACGGAUGAGUUUAACAAUAUUUAAAAAAAUGAAGUAGGUGCACAAAAACGCAGAAAUCUCUUGAAAUUCUUGCAAAAAUGAUGAAAACACAAAAGCUACAUGGCAUAAUUGACUACCUACGUCCUUUUAACUACCUACAUUUGUUUUUAGAUUAUUGCGGAUUAUUGUAGAUUUGCUUGCGUCACUGUAACUGAAUUUCAGGGAGUAACAUUUUCAAGGGAAAUAAUGUUUGUUAGUUAGAGAAAAUGAAACACUGUAGGCUACUCAUCGAAUACCUCGCGGUCUGCUGGCCGUCUGACGUUUGCUUCACAAAUGUAAUUUGUACUAUUUAUUAAAUAAAACAAAUUAUAUCUGGACUAUAACGCCUUAAAUGUAUUUUUUUAUAUUGCGUAAAAUUUCAAAUGUCAGAAAAAGAUUUAUUUUUUCUGCUUGGAGGAACCAAAUGACACACCCAAAGAUUUGAACAAGGUGCGCAUGAGGUGAAAAUAGGUGUGUGUGCGUAAAAUGUGUGUGUGCGUAAAAGAGUCCAUGUGUGUGCGUAAAAGCGCGCGUGUGUGUGCGUAGGUUGGGGACAGUGUUGCGUCUUGGCAAAGGAUGUUGUUAGCUGUAUGCAGCCAUAAAAGACAAUUACCGCCAUAACCUUUUAUUGGGUGCAAAGCGCCGCAAGGCGAGAGGACACAAAACAACAACAGAAAAAAAAGAGACACGAAGUGUUCAACAGCUGAAGCCCCAAAAUACUGCCAGCCUUUGUGUCCAGCUCUGCGCAAAUAUGACAGAGUCUUAGGCUGCGGUUCUGAUCUUAACACCACCGAGAAUGAAAAAAAAAA